AAUGGUUUCAUUAAUCAUAUGGUCGACUGUCAAAAAUUUAAAUUAUGUAGCUUAUUUGUACCAGCUUAACAUAUUUAUUGUUUAUUUAUAAUAUGUAAUAAGCAUAAAAAAUGAUUGUAAAAAUAAAUAUACACUAUGAACUGUAAACGUUGGUGGAAAUAACAUGUGGAUAUUUGGUUAUGGAUCACUCAUAUGGAAAGUCGAUUUUCCAUAUGAGAAAAAAAUUUUAGGGUAUAUUAAAGGUUUUAAUAGAAGAUUCUAUCAACUUAGUACUGAUCAUAGAGGCACGCCUGCAAAUCCUGGAAGGGUAGUUACUCUUGUACCCUCCAACGAAUCAUCUAAAUUCUAUUUAUUUAAGGUGUAUGGAGUAGCUUACAAAAUUCGAGAUUGUGAUAUAAAAAAUGUUGUCAAUCAUUUGGAUUUUCGGGAAAAAGGAGGUUAUGAAAAGAAAAUUUUGAAAUUUUUUCCAAUAUCAGAAGACGAACAACCAUUCGACAUCACCAUAUAUUUAGGCGAUCAAAACAACGAGAAUUACGGAGGCCCCGCAGAUCUGAACGAUAUAGCUGUACAAGUUGUUCGUUCAGUUGGUCCUAGUGGUCCAAAUAUUGAAUAUGUUUGCAAUUUAGCCAAUUCUAUGAGAACUUUUUUUCCCUUUGUCAAAGAUGAUCAUUUAUUUGAACUUGAAAAAAAAGUUUUAAAUUUAUUAGAAGAAAAAUAAGGGACUACGAAACUUGGUAUUCAAUUUUUUGGGAGUUUAUCAAAUAUUUCUAUAUUUGUGAUAUAAACUUAAUCAUUAUAUUUGAAUAUGUAGUUUCAUUUUAUCUACUUUUUUUACCAAAAACCUGAAUGUUUAAACUAAGGUAUUCAGUUCAUACCCAACAAGAGAUGGGCACUAAAUAUAUACACUGAAAAAAAAAACUGAAAUUGAUUGGCUAAGGUAGUACCAGGUAAAAUUAAAUCUAACAGCUUCAGAGAGGGGCCUAUAUCUCAUAAAAAACGAAUGUUUAUGGAAUUUGUGUAUGUUGAAUAGAUAAUAUAAUAUUUUAAUUA